GUCGAUGGCGUGACGAAGACUGUGGAUGAUGUGCUGAGCACGCCCCGAAAGGUCAAGGAAUCUGUGGACAACACGGUGAAUACAGGCAAAAGCAUCGUCGACGGAGUGGCUGGAGCCUUCUCCUUGAUCGCCGGCGGUUUCUCUGCCGUGGCUAAUGCCGUCCAGGGCGCACAGGAGCUCGUCGCCAAGGUCGCUCCUCCGGCGCCGCCCCCGAAGGCCCCGGCCCCGAAGGCCGCGGCCCCGAAGGCAGCGGCGAAGAAGGAGAUCGACCCCGCCGAGGCUCAAAAAGCCGAUUUCAAGGCAGAGCUGGAAAAGGAAAGCAAAGCCCAAGAGGCGAGCAAGGACGUGGA